AGCUUGAACUUGAACAAAAUGGGAUUCACGGGACUGGCUCGAUGGACAAACGCGCCGCCUCAAGGACUCAAACUCGUUCAAGAGAACCUGCAGCUUAAUCACAAUGCCCUGUACAAGGGCCAAUGGAACCUCUCCAUCUCGUUAUAUCGGUCUACACUUUCUCAAGUGCUCCCUGGUCAUCCGGACCGUACAAUAUUCACUCUGACUAUGGACCAAAACGUAUUUGUGCUUGUUGACGAUCCUGCUGCCCCAAACCGCGCAGAUGUGGUCGAAAGUGGUCAAGAAGCCCUCUUUCUCCAAAGGCACCAGCACUAUCGUUAUACCUUCUUGACCCUUCGUCCGCCUUCAGGCCUUGAACAACUUUUAGCCCAACUAAAUGCUCGCUGGAAGCCCGUUCGAGAAGUCAACACGCAACGCGGUCAGCCUAGCCAGCAACUCUCAAUCGAAGGUCACAUUUACGGUAUUGGAACGGACUGGAUUGUUCGUGUCGGCAAUGUAGUCUUACCCGGCGGAGCAAUACGGGGUAUGGUUCUUGAAGCUGAAUACUUGCCAUUGCCUGUGCUGCAGUCCCCCAACAAAGAUGGGUCGUCGGAAAUGUUGUCCAACUUGUUGACAUCUAUUCUUCCCAUGGUGGCCGACGCAAAGACAGUGGCGGUGACUAUCAGCGACUCACAAUGGGAGGAUGUUUUGUGGGACGGUGAAGAGCAGUCAGACGCCACGCCAGCUGAGGAGCAAACAGAAGACGAUAUUCACGCUUGGGGGAGUGCAGUGCCGCAAAGAACGCAUGAUUGGAUGGGAAUUAAUCGAGAUAGACGAAGCGCUUUUCUGAUACUUGGUGGGCUGAGGUCGGAGUCAUUACUUGGUUAA